AAAGAUUUUUAUCUUCUUUCUCUCUUUCUUUUACCACCACAUUUUACUAAAUACAAUGAAUUCGUUGGUGUCAUCUUUAUUAUAUAAUUCAGCCAUCAAGAUUGAAAAUAUGUCGAAGCGCACACAACCACCGCCGUCUUCGAUUGAUUCCAGUCGAUAUAGCAACAGUUCUCCGCCACCACCACCUUACGAUCCACCUGUUAUUCCUACACCCAGUACGUCCUGGACAUUAGAGAUGAGUGCACUAGCGGAGAAAAUCAAGGAUCAUACGUUUAGUCAAGGGGGGCAUAUUGAUCGACAUAGUAUUUCACAAGGCAUGAAAUUAGUCUCUAUUGCUGCCGAUGAGUACGAACAAGGACAUGAAUCCACGGCAUUAGACAUUUAUUUGACCGGUGUCGAUAAAGUCUUGAUGGCUUUGCCUAACAAGACCGAUAUGCAUACAAAAAGAGCAAUUGGAGAGAAAUUACAGAGUAUACAAGAAAAAGUGGGUAUCGUGAGUGUAGCGAGAGAGAGCCCACCCUCUAUGGAUCACCAACACCAUGCCAUGAAUCAGUUCAAGCAGUGGGGACAAUCCCUAGUGGAGACAGCAGUCACUGUAGCGAUCCUGAUCAAGAAAUCCCCGCUUCCUGAUCUUGUUUGGUUUAUCUUUGGUUACAUCGCACAAGUAUUGAUGUGGAUAAAUGCACAUUACCAUUUUAUAGAGAGGUUACAAGAGUGGAGUAUACAGUCUAUCAAGUAUGUUUUAGAGGCAGAGGAAAAGUAUCGUCUGCAUGAGUUUGUAAGCGAAGGUAUUUACAUGAUGGUGGCUGCAGUCUUGAAAGCAACUGUAGCAUUUAAAGAAACACCAGCAGCAUCAGCAUCGAAAAGAUAAUUCAUAUACAGUGAGAACGGUAAAUUUUGUCACUUUGAGAAAAUUAAAUGUAACCAAAAAAUUAAUGGUUGUUUAACGCAG